UUUUGUUUCCAGGUUUUACUUUGCUUUCUUAUUGGAGCCUUUAUAGGAUUUUCCCUUAGUGCUGAAGGAGAUUCAAGUGCCAGGCUUCUUGUCUCAAAAAAUAUUCUGAACCAGUAUGUUGUGGAGGGAAAAGAGUUAACAGUCCAUUAUAACAUCUUCAAUGUUGGAAGUGGGUAAGUUUUUAACGUACACUAAGAUGUAAGAUUUCAUUCUGUGCUAAAAUAGAGUGAUUUUAGCUACCAGUAAGUAUAGUAUUAAAACUUUGUGUAUGACCAUGGACAAAUUUCCUGUUUUGUUGUUGCAUGCAAAUUUCUCUAUCCCUUCACUUGCUGUAUACAGCACGCAAGAGCCCUGUGGUAAUGUAGGUAAAGUUGAUGAUAAUUAUGUUCACAUGACCACACAUGUUGGGAUCACAGGUAACAAUAAUUUAUUAUCUUUUUUUUAAGGAAAGCAAGGAAAAGCUUGCAUCAAUUCCUUGCUCUUUUUCACAUAUCCCAGUGCUGUGAAAGAGUCCAGAAAUCUGCCUGUAUUUGCAGGGGAGGAAAACUCAUCAAUACCCCAAAUUGAAGAGCUUUUCCUUGACAAAUCUAAAAUGCACUUUAAAAGAAAUUCAACUUACUUUACCUCUUUAAUGCCAUCCUGCCAGACAGACAAAGCACAUCAGUUAAAAUUCAUCACUGACGGGAUGGGGGCUCUUGUAGGAAUGGAAAAUUAAUCCACCCAUAUCCCAAAGAUGAGAACUUUUCCUUGGGCUAACAACACACUAUUAAAGAUAAAAAUUAAUAAUUUUAUCAUUUUCGAUUUCCCUUCCUGUCCCAUCUAAACUUGCAGUACAUUGUUGUGUAAAUGUUAUGCUUUGACUUUUUGUAACAAUAUUAUUGUUUGCAUCACCAGUCCAGCCACAUCAGUGUCUUUGGCAGACAAUUCCUUUCCAGCAGAUGAAUUCAAGGUUCUUCAUGGUCUGUUGUCCGUAAAGUGGAAAGUUAUUGCUCCGUAUCCUUUUAAUACUAUAGUAUUGUUUGUGAGUUCUGAAUACCUCUAGAGUCAAUUAUGAAGAAAGAAAUAUAUAGUUCACGCUUUUGUGUCCAUAGAAGAAAUCUUAUGAUUUUAGCAUUUAAAUGAAAAGUCAGUUGGUAGCAGUACUUUUUCACUGUACACCAUUAUUUUGUGUGUUUUUUUUUUGUAUUUUACGAAACAAAAUCUGGAAUGAUAGAAAAUCAGAUGGUGAAUUUUGAGCCUGGGGAAUACAUGAGAAAGGUGGUUUUUCAGUCAGUGACACAGGUGGCUCAGAAGAAAAAAUCUGAGCACUCCCUAUUCAUGACCAUCUUUCUACUAGUCCAGAUGCUCUACCACUGAGCUACAGGACACAUUUAGGAUAUGGCUUGAUUUCAUCUUGUUUCUUGGCCUGGUAAUAUGUAAUUGCCAUGAAAGAGUAACAAUCAUUUUCACCUCUACUCCUGGCUGAAUUCUGGGAGUAAAAAAUAAAUAAAUUUGAUUUGAUACUACUACAUGAGAAAUUUCUACAAGUUGAUUGGCUUAGAGCAGUGGUAUUUCAGCUUAAUUUGAAAUACCUACAUGUGAAAAUUACAAACCUUUUGCAGUAGUACUAUAAACAAAUAAUAGCAUGAUUUUUAGGUGGUAUUUGGCAUAAAUACCACUCAUGAUAUUUCAAAGUUGUCUCAAAUUUCAAAAUUACAUGAACAAUAUCAAAAUAUCACUUGUGGUAUUUAUGCCAAAUAUCAAUACAAAUCAUGCUAUUACCUAUACUAAUCUGUUCUAAUUUCCCAUCAGUGUUUUGAUGAUCAGGCAAGUCUUAAGCAUAGCUCCUAACCAUUGUUUUCUAUCUAUUAAAAGCAUACUGGUAUUUAGGUUGUGGUUAAAUUUUCAUUCUUGGUUCAAAUUUUAUUUUCCUUUGUUUUUGGGUGUGAUAAUGUAUGAUAAUGAACUUAAACUAAGCCAAGUGAAAUGUAAACCAAGGAUGAAAUUGAACCACAAUGCGUUACAGUUACUAGACACUCACUUACAGUAGAAUUACUUUCUUUGAAAAACAUCUGAGUUGUGAUAGUAAUUAUUUUAGCAGUAAUUUUUCCUUGACUAAACGAUCAGUGGAGCUAAUGUUUCUCACACAUUAAUUCUUGAACCUAAGAAGUCUGGAGUAUUCAACUUCACGUCUGCUCAGGUGUCAUACAAGGCUUCUGAGGACGCAACAGAUCCUCAGGUACAUGACGGCCAGUCAACAGACAAUGUUCAGCCAGAAUGGCGACUUGACUGGCCAAAAACUUCACUCGCUGGUCAUGAUGACCAGGUUCACAUGCACUGUCAUUCUUGAAAAUACAGCCAAAUCCUCACCUGUAAAUCUUAGAUGUUGUCUCUUUGUAAAAAUUAAAUUACGUUAAUAAAUAGAAAACUCUUCAAGGAUAAGUUAAGAAGUCAGAAUGAUACUAGACCAAGCCAAAAUUUCUUUGGCCGGUACGUCGUGUCUGGCCAUUGAUCAUCUGAAAUUUAUUUUGAGCCCUGGAAAUUUACUAUAGAAUAACUAAAACUGCCUCACUUUUUUUAUUAACAUGUUUAUAAAAAAGUUUGUCCUACGAGGGAAAAAGCUAAUCAAGAGGGCUCACGUUGAAAUAUACGUGCUCAACAAUGAGUAAAGUCAAGUUGAAAAUGGCAGGAAUUAACAAAACAAGAAGCAAACGAUAACCAAUGUAAUAUAGUCAUGCCGCAUUAAUUCAGACACUGAGGGGAUAAUAGAAAGCAUCUGUAUUAACGGGAUGUCAGAGAAAAUGUCAGAGCUUUCUUGCCCCAUGAAUAAAGCAAACUGUCCAUAAUAAUUAGGUGUCAGUAUUAAGUGGGUGCAAAUAAAGCUAGCCUGCCUUGCAGGCAUUUUUAGGGGAGCUCGUUUUUCAUCCCUCCCCACAAACGCCUGCUCAGCUGAAAACAACAUUCCUUUCCCAUUGUUUUAUUUGCGUGGUAAGUGACCAAUAAGCAGUUGUGCAAUAAAGUGUUGACAGGCUAAACGCGACUAAACCGUGACCCUAGAAUUACCGUUUUCCUUCUUUUCUUUCCUUCGCUAAGGUUAUGAAGGGCAUGGAGUAUUCUAAAAUUUGACUAAAUCUUAUUUUUGCUGUUCUGAAUCUAACAUUUAUUAGAGGUCAGAAAGUUUUUCCAGUGUUUCAUGCAGAUCGAGUAAUUAUCAGAUUACCUUGCGGUCAAGGUCAACUUUCCAGAAUUUGGAAAGUACAAUGUGAUUGGCUAAGCAUGGGAAAGGAAUGUUGUCUUCGGUUGAGCAAGCGUUUGUGGGGAGGGAUGAAAAACGUGCUCCCCUAAAUAUGCCUGCAUGGGAGGCUACCAUAAAGCGGGCUUGGAAUGUAUAAAAUCAAUGCUUUGGAAUUAGCAUCUUGAUGCUGUAUGUUAAGCUAGACCAAGAGUUUUCUUUUUUAUGCUUAUUAAUGCCAUAUAGUACCAAACAAAACAGGUUCAAUGUUUUUUCAGACUGUAUAUUCUACAAUGCCAGGAGAGGGAGGAAUUAUGCCUCAGCAGGAAUAUGAUCGCAAGCACUCACCACAUCUAGUAAGUGGGGCUUUUCCAUGACUGGCAACUCAUUAGGUGCGGUUACACUAGACCUUUCCCCAAAGCUCCCCUUGGGGAAAUAGUUGGGUUCACUUUGGGUGUUGAUCACUUUUGUGUUUUCACUCAUCGUGCAAGCAUUGUUUGGAAUUGCUUACCUAGCCAGUUAAAGUCCAAGCCUAGUUACUCUUCACUCAAGGCUAACAUUAAGAAAUUCUCUAAAUGCAUUAACCAAAUUCCUUUCAGCACGAACUCUACUGCAACCAAUAAUAAUAGUGAUGAAUUUAUAUAUUAUUGAUAUCUGGUUUAUUACUAGUCAUUUUAAUUAGUCAUCCUUCUAUCUGUCAUUUGUAAAAUUGUCUAAGUCAACUUAAUUUCAAUUUAUAUAUUUAUUUUUACAUAGUUAUCUUAAGCUUAUCUAUUUAUUUGUUUAUUAUUUCUAUUUAUUACUAUUUAUAUUAGGAUAUAUUUUUAGAUGUUAAUUCAUUAUAGUGUAACAUAGAUAGCAGGUCCACAGCAGUUAUUUGCUUUAUCAAAUAAAGGAUGUAUGCUGGGGUGGGAAGGGGGGGGGUACUGCCAUAUAUGGGCUAUAUAGGUAUGUGUCGCUGUGAAGGGUAUGGUUUUCAGGCAGUUUACUCUAGGAUAGGGUAUAUAAAUCAGAGCGUGUGGGUCUAGAACAGGGUAUCAUUUUUCAGGAAACUGAUCAGUUGGUUGAAGAUGUUAUGUAGACUAGGGAUUGUGGUAUAAGGUUUUGUUUUGGCUAGACUGUGCUAGUGACCUCAGUAGUUUCUGGAAAACAGCUGCCCUAGGAUAGGGGGGAUUUGGGGAGUUUACUCUAGUAUAGGGUAGCAAAAUUCAGCUCAACUAGCUCUGGUAUAGGUUAAGGGUUCCAGGGUCCCAGCGGCACACCCUCGCCGCGGAAGGGGAAAACGGGCAACAAAAAACUUGCAACUUGUUUCGAAACAUUGCUGCUGAAAAGUGUUGAAAAGUUAUGUUGCGUGUUCAAAUCUGCUUUGCAACAGUUUAGGUCGUUGUAGAGAUUAGUUCUACUUUUUGCGACAAAAUCUGUACAUGUAGGCUUUUUCCCGGCCCCAAGGCGAGUGACAGUCAGUAUUCACGCAACUUGCAACAUUUGUUGAGAGACAGGUUUGAACGUGGGUGACAACAUCGCUUCUCACUCUUUUUUCAGCAAUGUUUAGAAACUUGUUACGCGUAUUUGUUGCCCGUCUUAACUUGGCUUUAAAAAUUAAUAUACAGUGAGCAGCACAGUGAAGUACAAUUUAUCAGUCUGCACAUUUUCAAGCAUCAGACCGUACUAAUUUCUACUCUUUUGUUUUUAACAGGUUGAUUGGGGUCUGUUUAGUCUUAUGUCUCUUCCCACUAUCCUUAUACCGUUUCUUGUCUGGUUCCGAAGUCACUCCAAGUAUGAAAAUUUCAAGGCCAAAAAGAACUAAAGCUGCUAGGCAGAGUUGUGCGUCAUAGAGAGACGGACGAGGACAACUCUCAUUACCGCGCUUCCUUGUUUGUUAACACGACGGAACAUGCGCUACAUACUAAAUUAAUUUUAAUAAACUCUUUUCUCAUAUAACACGGUUUGGCUGUUGUAAUGAAUAGUGACUAGGUAGGCCUAGCCACAAAGUCUAAAUUCUUGCUGAGGAAUAACGACUAAUACAAACUUACCCUGAAUGACAGAUGUUUUUUCUCGCACGCGAUGGGAUGCUUCGGAGUUGGCCGGAUGCCAACACCGAAGCUAUGCCAAGCGGCCAAGCUAAAGUCCGAGUACGGGGCGCCACUUACACUUAACUGGAGCCAGGAACCGCGCAUUAAUAAUCUCUAGCAACCAGAAUAACACAAAUUUUGUAUCGGAAAUCGAGUAGGAACGGAACUAAUGGAAUGUUUCGAGGUUAUCCGAGGAGAUCAUAUAAUCUUCGACUAAAUGACCCGCCAUCUAUUUAUUUUUCUCAAAAGGCCAAGCUUUUUAAGUCUUAACGUUCCUUCUUUUACCCGAACAAGAUUGUCCUCCCAUUGUGCUUUCAUACACUUGAAACUUUAUAUCCCGGAGGGGGUAUUCUCUAUAAUGGUUUAUACGGGGAAGCUCCGCCCGAAAGGGGUACCUUAUCAGGCUUCAGGUAUAUGAAAGGAUAGGGAUUUCACUAGCUGAAGUAUAUGAAAGGGUGGCGAAAUAUGUCAUUGCGACCUGUGAUAAGAUCUAAAGGGGCUAACUGGCGCAUUUUAUGGCUGUGAAAAGACAAGAAAACUUUCUGGUUUAGAAAUUUACUCAUAUUUAAACGAGCGUGUAUUUACAGCAAUUACAAGGGAUGCAGCCGUUCCAGACUAAUAUGUGAAAGGCGUACCAUUUGUUAAUGGAAAAUAUACGAAAGGGGUACCUUUAAUGUCAAAAAUGGUAUAUAAAGGGUAAAGGGUCGGACCUCGGGGCGGAACCUCUCAGUAUAAAAGUACACAAGCGCUUUAUAGAGUAAACACCCCAAAAAUAGUGAAUCAGAUAGCGAAUCUGUUGUAUUUUAAGCACUUAAUUUUAGAGAAUCAACGGUCAAAGAAACAUGCAGUGAGACUUAAUAUCCUCAGCGUUUAGGGUCUGUGCAUUAAUUAUGAAGAGGUUAUAAAAUGAGUACAAUACGAUUAAAAGUCAUCUCGAAACCUCCCCCCUACCCUGUACAAUAGCUGAACUAACUUCUUACCACCCCUCCCCCCGCCCCCCCGUUUAAAGCCGAUAACUAUGAUACUACUGAUUACAGCACCUCCCCUCCCCCCUCUUGGGAAUAAUUAUACACUUCUGCAUUGCACUUAUUCCAGAAAUUUGACAGUAUACAGGAAUUUAGACAAGGAGUUGUUUUCAAACUUUGUCCGGGCUUCUGUUUCAAAUGACACCAUUUCGAGAACCGAGAGGCCCCUGGUGUUUAAAACAGUUCCUGUAAGAUUCGGUCCCACACAGACGUUUUAGGACUUCGUAACCCUCCCCCGUUAGUGGAGGCGAAACGCGCGCGUGACAGAGCCCUAAGAAUGUCUGCGUGGGAGAGACAGGCUAAGGCCCUAACUGAUGAAUUAAGUACGGCAAAAGAGCGGCGUCUGAAUCAAUUUGGUGCGGCAGUUUUAGUCUGGUGCGGCAAAAGCAUUAAGUUCGACAGAGUCUGUCGAACUUUUGUCGAACUUAACUUAGGUUCGACACACGGUACGCCGUCUGAAUCAGAUGUCGCGCCAGCGUCGCUCCAAAGUCGAACUUAUUCAGUUAGGUUCGGCACAUGAAAAGUACCCGUAUGAACCAGGCCUGAGCGGCUGUUGGUUGGUUCAACGCAUUCCUAUAAAAAGCUACAAAAAUGGAUUGACGGAAAGAAGUUUUCCAUGAUUUGACUUGGCUCGACUAGAACGAUGCAUUUUUUGACCUCAAGGAGUCAGUAAGCGAGUCCGGCCAUGUUUCGACCUUCCGGCAACCACUGGCUGAUAAAACAAAUAAAUAUACUUAUGGAAAAUACUUUUCAAGUUCAACCGAAAAUCGCUCUGUUAGUUCAGUCUCGCUCGUUGUCAGUUUACUCUUUUUAAAAAAAUCCGAGAUAUCACUCCUGGUUCUGAAAGUGUGUUGCUGAGUGAAGAAAUUACAUGUAACAAUAUAAGCUAUUUCUUGUAUAAUGAUCCUUUUAAAAUAUUUAAUUAAAAACAUUUUAUAUCUUUAAAAUUCAAACAACUUUGCCAAAAUUAACCGAAGACGUCACUUUGUUCUCGUACCAUACGCGGUAGCAGAACGACUCGUCGGCGAAACGCGACUGUUCAAGUGCUGAAGAAACCACAGGUUCAGGGAAAUCGCUUUUGCUAUUUUCUCAAAUCAUUCCCUGUUAGCGGGAAAAGACCACGAAUUCAAGGGAAUGCAACACGGAUUUUCUGUUUGGAGCAUUCUGACCGUGGAAAAACCAAUCUACCUUUUCCGUCGGACUCCACGCUGGAAUUCGAGCCAGGUUAACCCAAUCAAAUUCUUGUAUUGUUGUUAGUUUGUUGCCGGGUAUUCUUUUCGUCCGUAACCAUUUCAAGUUCAAACGGAAACCGUUCUAACUGAUGCAAGUUCAUCGUAGACCCACUUGAUACAGAAAAAAUUGACUCUGUAGCCUGCGUGGCAGGCGUUUGCAAGGGAAGGGAGGGAAAGGGGAUUUCGGGCACGUCGCGCCCAAAUUCACUUCCCCUAUCCUUUCGAACGCCUGCCACGCAAGCUACUGACUCUGGGGCUAAGAUUUUGACGAGAAAGGAAUGCAUCGCUAUGCAAAUUAUACAAAUGCGCAGUUUAUCGCCACAGUUACCGAGGGAACCUUUAAGGUGCAUAGUAUCAUAGCAACCAAAAUGCGGGGUUUUCACUGAAAGCAUCCACAACUUGUCAGGUUAAUGUGCAUCCUCGGAGACCCAGGGUCAGUCAGUCGGGCCGGGAGAAAAGGCGCGACAAAAGUUUUCAAGCACAGGCGGAAAAGCCCCUGGGUACCGACUCUCACCGGACCAUUUCCAAACGGUCAAGAGAAUGCUGGUUCCUGAUUGGGCACAAAAAAUGCUUUGUAUUAUUAUGCCCAAUCGGCGAACAGCAUCCUCUGAGUUCUUUUCGUGAGUUCGUACAUGACGGUUAUUGACUCGAUCACGGCUUGCCUGGCUCAUGCACCAAAGAAAUGCACGCAGUCAGGAAUCUUUCAGUUUGAUAUAAAAGCUACAUUUCAAAAUACUGGUAGUCUUAACACUAGAGCCUAAAUAAGCUAAGAAAUAUUUCAAGACAAUUAAAUUUUAAAUUCUUCAAGGAAAAGAAAGCUUCACACACAACCUAUCUUUUUCACUUCAGGUUUUCCCACGCAACAUAAUUAAGAUUGAUUGACAUGUUUCGCUUUUCUCAAAGCUUGGAAACCGUAAGUUCGGUCGGUUUUAA